GGGCCACGCGGCCGGACGUGACGCGCGGGGCGGGGCCACGGAGCGGUGCACCGCAAACGAGCGGACGGGCGGGCGGCAUCAUGGCCGAGCCGGGCGCAGCCGCCGGCGAGAACGGCGUGGGCGGCAGAUCGGUCCGCGUGGGCACCCGCCGGAGCCAGCUGGCCAGGAUUCAGACUGACAGCGUAGUGGAGACGCUUCGUGAGCUGUACCCCGACCUCCGCUUUGAGAUUGUUGCCAUGUCAACGACUGGAGACAAGAUCUUGGAUACUGCACUUUCCAAGAUUGGGGAGAAAAGCCUCUUCACCAAAGAGCUGGAAAAUGCACUCGAAAGAAACGAAGUCGACCUUGUGGUUCACUCCUUGAAGGACCUGCCGACUUCUCUUCCCCCCGGCUUUACCAUCGGUGCUGUCUGCAAAAGGGAGAACCCGCUCGACGCUGUCGUCUUUCAUCCCAAAAACUGUGGCAAAACGCUGAGCCUCCUUCCUGAAAAGAGCGUGGUUGGAACGAGUUCGCUUCGGAGAGCGGCCCAGCUCAAAAAGAAGUUUCCCCAGUUAGAGUUCAGGGAUAUUAGGGGAAAUUUAAAUACUCGCCUAAAGAAGCUGGAUGAGAAGGAAGACUUUGGGGCUAUCAUCCUGGCCGCUGCAGGCCUGAAGAGAAUGGGCUGGGAGAAUCGCAUCGGCCAGCUCCUGAGCCCCGAAGAUUGUCUAUAUGCUGUUGGACAGGGUGCCUUGGCAGUGGAAGUUCGUGCCAAAGACCAGGAGAUACUGAAUAUGGUGUCUGCCCUGCACGAUGAGGACACGGUGUUACGCUGCAUAGCUGAGAGAGCCUUUAUGAAACGUCUGGAGGGUGGAUGUAGCGUCCCUGUUGCCGUCAACACUGUGCUGAAAGAUGGACAGUUGUAUUUGACAGGAGCGGUCUAUAGUCUGGAUGGAUCAGAUAGUCUGAGGGAGACUAUGCAGACGGGUGUAAAUUAUCCCCAACGGAACGAAGAUGGACCGAAUGACGACGUACAGCAUGUCGGCAUCACGGCAAAGAACGUCCCCCGUCUGGCCCAGGAAGCUGCAGAGAGCCUCGGUGUUGAGCUAGCAAAUUUACUUCUGAGCAAGGGAGCUAAGCAUAUCCUUAGUGUGGCGAGGCAGCUCAAUGAUACCCGCUAAACCUGACAUGCGGUCGGCAUGAUCAAUAGGGCUCUAGCGAGUGUUUGCAGCUAAGCUGUCAUCCCCCUCUGGAGGAUGUGAUUUUUUCCAGUGCUUGCAUCAGUCUUACCUCGCCUUUGGGCACAAAAACUUGAAAUGCUUACUAAUUUAACUAACUCAAUUACUUUAUGCUGUUGAGGGUUUUCAUCCCAUUUCUCUAAAUUACAAAGUGUCUCUGUUAAGUUUUCAUCAGUUUUUGUAGCUAGGAAGUUAAUAAAAACCACAUCUUUAAGUGUUCUCAUGUUCCAUUUAGGAACAAAGGCCUCUGACGUUUUACUUGAGGACUCACCCAUGACAAUAAAGUGCCGUACUGUGCUGAUGGUAGCAUGGUACUCUUGGCAGUUGUUACUAGUAUUGGGGCCCAUUCCCUCAUCGGGAUCCUGAUAACGGUUUCCCUAUGGUAGAGCAGCCUGCAGUUACUGGAUCUGUGAACUGUAAUGAGCGAGGAAGCAGACAGCCGGUCUAGUUUCCUUUUAUGCUUGUCUACAAGGGUAACCUGGGAUGGUCAUUUGUCUAUGCUAACUGCCAGCCUGAGGGGACACGACAAUUUGGGCCGCUGUAGUUUUACCCAAAACUGUUACCGGGGGUAACGAUGCAUUGUUUAUUCUCUGUGCAACGUCCAGCGAGUGUAAGGGACGACAAAUACAGCUAAAUUGUAAGCA